CGGGCAGCGCUCCCUUCCUCCCCGAGCUCUCAGUGAUGGUGGGGGAAAGUUAAGUUGCGCAGAAUGAAGUUAAAAUAGCGUAGGACGGUGGAAGUGGCGGGACCCGGCGGGAGCGUGGUGUCGCCAGGCGACUUCCAGCGGUUCGCCUGCUUGUUUUCCUUCCCGCAGUCGCCAGCCUGGUUCAAACCUCUUGGGUUCUCAAAGCAGAAUUGUUGCGGCAGGCUCCCGGCGGUCCUGAACUGUUCAUCUGGGUGUACCGUUUUCCUGUUGUGAUCGCAUCAUGGAAAAUCAGUUGGCUAAAUCAGCUGAAGAACGAACAUUUCAGUACCAGGAUUCCCUUCCAUCUCUGCCUGUUCCUUCACUUGAAGAAUCAUUAAAAAAAUACCUUGAAUCAGUAAAGCCGUUUGCAAAUAAAGAAGAAUAUAAAAAAACUGAAGGAAUUGUUCAAAAAUUUCAAGAUGGUAUUGGAAGGAAACUGCACCAGAAAUUACUUGAAAGGGCAAAAGGAAAAAGAAAUUGGCUGGAAGAAUGGUGGCUGAAUUUUGCCUAUCUGAAUGUUCGUUUACCAUCACAACUAAAUGUCAAUUUUGCUGGUCCUGGACUUUACUUUGAACACUACUGGCCUCCGAAGGAAGGCACUCAUUUGGAAAGAGGAAGUAUAUAUCUUUGGCAUAACUUGAACUACUGGCAGCUACUAAGAAAAGAAAAAGUACCAGUUGAUAAAAGUGGAAAUAUUCCUCUAGAUAUGAAUCAGUUCCGAAUGCUAUUUUCUACCUGCAGGAUUCCAGGGAUUUCUAGAGAUUCAAUUAAAAGUUAUUUUAGGACUGAGAGCGAAGGACAUUCUCCAACUCACCUUACAGUGCUUUGUCGUGGCCGAGUUUUUGUCUUUGAUACAAUACAGGAAGGAUGUUUGAUCACCCCACCAGAGAUUUACAGGCAAUUGGCAUACAUUCACAAGAAGUGCCAUAGUGAACCUGAUGGACCUGGGAUAGCAGCAUUGACUAGUGAGGAGCGAACUCAAUGGGCUAAGGCACGCGAAUAUUUAAUUAGUCUUGAUCCAGAGAACUUGACUAUGUUAGAAAAAAUUCAGAGCAGUUUACUGGUAUAUUCCAUAGAGGAUAGCAGUCCACAUGUAACACCAGGAAAUUAUUCUCAGGUAACUGCACAGACUCUUACAGGAGAUCCAACUGUUCGCUGGGGAGAUAAAUCUUAUAACUUGGUUUCCUUUUCCAAUGGAGUAUUUGGCUCUAGUUGUGAUCAUGCUCCUCUUGAUGGAAUGGUUAUUGUGAACAUAAACCAUUAUGUUGAUCAGAAGAUUUUUGAGAAUGAAGGAAGAUGGAAGGGUUCAGAAAAAGUACGGGAUAUAUCACUUCCAGAGGAGCUUGUUUUCACUGUGGAUGAUAAAAUACUAAACGACAUUAAUCAAGCUAAAGCCCAAUAUCUCAAGCAGGCAUCUGAUCUGCAGAUUGUGGUGUAUCCCUUUACAUCUUUUGGCAAAAAGCUAACCAAGAAGAAGAUGCUUCACCCUGAUACAUUUAUUCAACUUGCACUUCAGCUGGCCUAUUAUAGACUUACUGGAUGUCCUGGCAGCUGCUAUGAAACUGCUAUGACGAGGUAUUUUUAUCAUGGCCGUACAGAGACUAUGCGAUCAUGUACAGUAGAAGCAUUGAGGUGGUGCCAAUCCAUGCAGGAUCCUUCUACUAGUUUCCUUGAGCAACAACAAAAGAUGUUACAAGCUUUUACAAAACAUAAUAAAAUGAUGAAAGAUUGUUCAUCUGGAAAAGGAUUUGACCGUCAUCUUCUAGGUCUUUUACUCAUAGCAAAAGAGGAAGGUCUUCCUGUUCCAGAGCUAUUUACAGACCCACUUUUCUCCAAAAGUGGAGGAGGUGGAAACUUUGUUCUCUCAACAAGUCUGAUUGGUUAUUUAAACAUGCUGGGAGUGGUGGCUCCCAUGGUCCACAAUGGCUAUGGAUUUUUCUACCAUAUCAGAGAUGACAGGUUUGUUGUGAUCUGUUCAACUUGGAAAUCAUGUCCAGAGACUGAUGCAGAAAAGCUAGUUCUGCUGGUUUUUCAUGCUUUGCAUGAUAUGAUGCAGCUAAUGAACACUGCUCAUCUUUAGAGACUAAUCAUUUAUUAAGCAUUUACAAAAAUAUUAAACUGGGUGUGGAGAGUGGUUUGGUGAUGUGAGAUAGAAAGGUUUCCUUUAGGGUCAAUAUCCCUAUUAAAUCUAGAAAUUAGUAGAAUCAUGCUAAGUUUAUUCUCACAUAGAAGAUUAAAGUAUGAAUUUUAAACUUCCUC